AACACAUUCACACCCAAUUUAUAGAUACUGCAAACAACACAAUGUUAAAUAACUUGAUUCCCUUUUCAAUUUUAACUUUAGCCCAAGAGAUCACCCCAAAAGGCCCAAGUCGACAAACGUGUAUAACGCCUAUUCCAAUCUAAUACUCAACCUUGGUCCUUGAAUACCGAUGGAGGUAAACCAGGACUUGAGCUAUUCCUUCAAUGAUGCCUAAACGCCUAUUCCAAUCUAAUACCUUUCUUGUUGAUUGAAUUAAUUAAUUAGAAACACAAGUAUUAUGUUAAAAAACAAAUGAGCACGAUUUGUCAGUUGAUCGUGUUAUCUUACCUUUUGAUAAUUAAAUCAAAUUAUCGUUCGAGUUAAGUGGUUGUUGCAUAGAUUUUCUUCUUUUUCUUAAAUAAAAUUUGUCUAUUCUAUUUCUAUUGAAGAUUCAUGGGAGCUAUGUGAUUACAAGAAUUCAAAUUUAAAUUGCUCUAAUUUUCACAAAUAAUCAUAUUAAUUAAGUGGAUAAAAAAAUACGGAUUAGAUUAUUUUAUGAAUACUAAUGUGAUAUAAAUUUUUAAACAAAGCAAUUACUCAUAGUUAGCAGUAUAGUGGAAGUGUCUCUGAAUUAUAAUUUUGAAGCAGUGAGGAUCCAAGGUUUUUUUUUUUUUUUUUUUUACGACAAGAUCUUUCCGAGUUCUUCUCUCUUUUCCUUUUUCUUUUUUUUUUUCUUUUAAAUAAAAAAAUUCAGCCUUAUUAAACAGUCGGAACGGCAUGUCGUCGUAUAUUCAUUCAUCUGUCUUGACUACGUUUCUAGUUUUCAGUUCAGCAGAAGAAAAUACAAAAUGCAAAAAAACCGUAAAAGAAAGCUAAAAUCAGCGGAAACUGAAACCAAAUCAGCCAAAAUCAAUAAUGGUAAUAAAGAAGAGCCGUACCCAACUCACCCUCGGCCCACGCCCGAAGAAUGUCUCUGCAUACGAGAUUCUCUCUUGGCUUUUCACGGAUUCCCUCAAGAAUUUGCUAAGUAUCGCAAGCAGAGACUUGGUGGUGAUGAUGAUAAUAAGUCCAGUGAUGUGAACUCAGAUACUGCAGAAGAAACCGUUUUGGAUGGUUUGGUGAAAACAGUGCUUUCACAAAAUACUACUGAGGUUAAUUCUCAAAGAGCUUUUGAUAAUUUGAAAUCUGAUUUUCCUACAUGGCAAGAUGUUCUUGCUGCUGAACCAAAAUGGAUAGAGAAUGCUAUAAGAUGUGGAGGUUUAGCCCCAGCAAAGGCUUCUUGCAUUAAGAACAUAUUAAAUUGUUUGCUGGAGAAAAAAGGCAAAAUUUGCCUGGAGUAUCUUCGAGAUAUGUCAGUUGAUGAAAUUAAAGCUGAGCUCUCUCAAUUCAAAGGAGUUGGGCCCAAAACGGUAGCUUGUGUUUUAAUGUUCCAUCUUCAGCAAGAGGAUUUCCCAGUGGACACACAUGUGAGUGCCAGGUUUAUCAUGUAUUGCCAAAAUUCUCAUGGCACAAAAAAUUCCGGAUUUCAGUCGUGUUCACUUGAAAAUAAACAUAUGCAGGUGUUUGAGAUAGCAAAGGCCUUAGGUUGGGUCCCUGAAGUGGCUGACAGGAAUAAGACAUACCUUCAUCUCAACCAACGGAUUCCAAAUGAGCUGAAAUUUGACUUGAAUUGUCUUCUAUACACACAUGGUAAGCUUUGCCGCAAAUGCAUCAAGAAAAGGGGCAACCAAAGUAGAAAGGAAUCCCACGAUGACUCCUGUCCUCUAUUAAGUUACUGCAAUAGCUCUAGUGUUAAGACUACUGAUGAAAUAAAUUAAUUAUAUUCUAUAUAACACUCUUAUGUGGUCCUAUUCCACUUUUUCCUCAAAGAGCAGUAUUGCCCUUCUGUUGUCUGUUUUUUCUAGAGGAUUUUGAAUCAUUGGACCCGUUCUGAAUUUGCUUAACAAAAUGGAUUAGAUUAAGGUGUACUUUGCCAUUUGCAAAUUUUGCUCGAUUCCAUUUAUAGGAACAUAGCAUGCAGCAAUUUAGCAUUUUCUUA